AUGGUGUGCGUCGGGCAGUGGUUCGUCCGUCGGCGCGGCCUGGCCGCGGGGAUCGCAACCAGCGGAAGCAGUCUGGGAGGCGUAAUUUUUCCAAUUUUCCUCAACCGCACGAUGCAAGAAGUGGGCUUCUUUGGAGCUGUGCGAUAUGCGGCCCUGUUGAUCGGGAUCCUUCUGGCGGUGGCAUGUGUUCUGGUCCGCGCUCGUCUGCCCCGGCGAAAGUGGAGUGGUGACGUUGCCUGGAUUGAUAUGAGGCUGUUCAAACAGACGCCCUUUGCUAUUUACACAGUAGGGUCAUUCCUUACUAUGUGGGGGCUGUGGGCGCCCUUCGACUAUCUCAGCAGCAUGGCCAUCAAUGCCGGGUUCUCUCCGAGUCUUGCACUUUACUUGAUCUCAAUUAUGAACGCGAGCUCUAUUGCAGGGCGAAUUCUGCCCCCUCAUAUCGGGGACCGGAUAGGACACUUUAACGUGCUUACCAUUUGCGCCAUGGGCACGGGGGUAUCCAUGCUGUGCCUCUGGCUUCCUUUUAACUAUCAUCCGUCUCAUGCAGGGAUUAUCGUCUUUGCCUUGGUCUACGGUUUCGUCAGCGGGACGGUUGUUUCUAUUCUCAUGCCCUGUGUGGCUAAGAUCGGAGACUUGAACACUCUAGGACAGCGCUUUGGGACGUUCCAGUUGGUAAUCUCCAUUAGGUAUGAUUAUUUCGAGAAGCGAAUUGCAAGAAAGCAAGUGAUCUAA